AUGAGUGGUGAACAUAUAAUGUCUAAGAUAGGAAAGGAAGGGAUUGACUUUUAUGCCUUGUCAACACAGGACCUAACUCAGAAGAUCAUUUCCUAUGACCAGGGUCCCUUCGGGAUAAGCAGGCUAGAGUGCCAGCAGGGUGGGGAUGAUGGGAUGUCAAUGAACAGUCAGUUUGUCACGAUCAGCGCCAGCCUCUUAGAUACAGAGACCAGCAGGGGCCAUUCACAUCCAAGACUAAGCAUCAGGGCAAUGAGGGAUAAAGCCCAAAUGCCUACUCAUGUGUUUCUUUCCUACCUGCUCAGCCUUACAUCUUGCCAAUCCCCAUCCCUUACCU